UCUCCUCCAUUGACUAACUGCUUUCGUCUGUGUGCUCUACAGGGUGAAGCGCAAGAUUUCUUAUUCAUUGCAAUUGAACGAUAUAAAUUUUGUGUUCUUCAGUGGGAUCCUGAGACAUCAGAGCUCGUCACCAGAGCGAUGGGAGAUGUUUCAGAUCGCAUUGGUCGUCCAACUGACAAUGGACAGAUUGGCAUCAUCGAUCCUGAUUGCAGAUUGAUUGGACUCCAUCUGUAUGAUGGCCUUUUUAAGGUGAUCCCAUUUGACAAUAAAGGACAGUUGAAAGAAGCAUUUAACAUCAGGCUCGAGGAGCUUCAAGUACUCGAUAUAAAGUUUCUAUAUGGCUGUGCACGACCUACAAUUGUAGUUCUUUACCAGGAUAAUAAAGAUGCUCGUCAUGUAAAAACAUACGAGGUCUCGUUAAAGGACAAAGAUUUUAUUGAAGGGCCCUGGUCCCAGAAUAAUCUUGAUAACGGGGCUGAUUUGCUUAUUCCAGUUCCACCUCCAUUCUGCGGAGUCAUCAUUGUGGGGGAGGAGACAAUUGUAUACUGCAGUGCCACUGCAUUUAGAGCGAUUCCCAUAAGUCAGUCAAUUACAAGAGCCUAUGGAAGGGUGGAUGCUGAUGGUUCUCGAUAUUUGCUUGGUGAUCAUGCAGGACUUCUGCAUUUGCUUGUUAUCACUCAUGAAAAAGAGAAAGUUACUGGACUGAAAAUUGAGCUUUUGGGGGAGACAUCUAUUGCAUCAACCAUAUCAUACUUGGAUAAUGCAUUUGUUUAUGUUGGCUCAAGCUAUGGAGACUCACAGCUCAUAAAAUUAAAUUUACAACCAGAUGCAAAAGGAUCAUAUGUAGAAGUUUUGGAAAAAUAUGUUAAUUUGGGCCCGAUUGUAGACUUCUGUGUGGUGGACCUGGAGAGGCAAGGUCAAGGCCAAGUGGUAACUUGCUCUGGAGCAUACAAAGAUGGUUCUCUUCGUAUAGUGCGGAAUGGAAUUGGGAUAAAUGAACAGGAAUCAGUAGAGCUUCAAGGAAUCAAGGGAAUGUGGUCCCUAAGGUCAUCAACUGAUGACGUAUAUGAUACGUUUUUGGUCGUUAGCUUCAUCAGUUAGACCAGGAUUUUAGCUAUGAAUCUUGAGGAUGAAUUGGAAGAAACAGAAAUUGAAGGGUUUGACUCACAAGUGCAAACUUUAUUUUGCCAUGAUGCUUUGUAUAACCAACUUGUGGAAGUCACUUCAAACUCUGUUAGACUGGUUACUUCGGUAUCUAGAGAACUACGAAAUGAGUGGAAAGCACCGACAGGAUAUUCUGUGAAUGUUGCUACUGCCAAUGCCUCUCAGGUUCUACUUGCCACUGGUGGUGGGCAUCUUGUUUAUCUGGAAAUUGGUGAUGGAAUCUUGACUGAAGUGAAACAUGCACAAUUGGAGUAUGAGAUAUCAUGCCUUGACAUAAAUCCCAUUGGUCAAAAUCCAAAUUUCAGUCAACUAGCUGCUGUUGGAAUGUGGACGGAUAUUAGUGUUCGGAUAUUUUCACUUCCAGAUCUUAAUCUUAUCACUAAGGAAAAUCUCGGUGGAGAGAUAAUUCCUCGCUCCGUUCUUUUAUGCUCUUUUGAAGGGAUAUCUUACUUAUUAUGUGCUCUUGGAGAUGGCCAUCUCCUGAAUUUCAUAUUGAACAUGAGUUCUGGUGAACUGACUGACCGGAAGAAGGUGUCUCUGGGUACACAACCAAUUACACUCAGGACAUUCUCAUCUAAGAAUGCUACUCAUGUAUUUGCUGCUUCUGAUCGGCCAACUGUUAUAUACAGCAGCAAUAAAAAGCUACUUUACAGCAAUGUAAAUCUCAAGGAAGUCAGCCAUAUGUGCCCCUUCAAUUCUGCAGCUUUCCCUGACAUCCUUGCAAUUGCAAAAGAAGGCGAACUUACAAUUGGUACCAUUGAUGAUAUUCAGAAGCUUCAUAUUCGGUCUAUCCCCCUUGGCGAGCAUGCUCGGCGUAUCUGUCACCAGGAACAAACUCGCACCUUUGCCAUAUGUAGUUUGAAGUACAACCAAGCUAGUGCAGAUGAAUCUGAAAUGCAUUUUGUGCGUUUGUUGGAUGACCAAACCUUUGAGCACAUAUCAGCUUAUGCGCUUGAUACCUAUGAAUGUGGUUGCUCUAUACUGAGUUGCUCAUUCUCAGACGACAGCAAUGUUUACUACUGUGUAGGGACAGCAUAUGUUUUACCGGAGGAAAAUGAGCCAACCAAGGGAAGAAUCCUUGUUUUUGUGGUUGAGGAUGGGAAGCUGCAGCUCAUUGCUGAGAAAGAAACAAAAGGAGCUGUGUACUCGCUUAAUGCUUUCAACGGGAAGUUGCUUGCUGCCAUCAAUCAGAAAAUUCAGCUUUAUAAGUGGAUGCUCCGAGAUGAUGGUACGCGUGAGUUACAGUCAGAGUGUGGACACCAUGGCCACAUUCUUGCCUUGUAUGCUCAAACUCGUGGGGAUUUCAUUGUCGUUGGAGAUCUGAUGAAGUCAAUUUCUCUGCUGAUAUAUAAGCACGAGGAAGGUGCUAUUGAGGAACGUGCGCGGGACUACAAUGCAAAUUGGAUGUCAGCUGUAGAGAUUCUUGAUGAUGAUAUAUAUCUUGGUGCAGAAAAUAAUUUCAAUCUUUUCACAGUAAGAAAGAAUAGCGAAGGUGCAACUGAUGAGGAGCGUGCACGCUUGGAAGUGGUUGGGGAAUACCACCUUGGAGAAUUCAUCAAUCGUUUCCGCCACGGUUCUCUUGUUAUGCGGUUGCCAGAUUCUGAUAUUGGUCAAAUACCAACUGUGAUCUUUGGAACUGUUAAUGGUGUAAUAGGGGUGAUUGCCUCCCUUCCACAUGAGCAGUACAUCUUCCUCGAGAAGCUACAAUCAAAUAUGAGGAAGGUUAUCAAGGGCGUAGGAGGAUUGAGUCAUGAACAUUGGCGGUCCUUUUACAAUGAAAAGAAGACAGUAGAUGCUAGAAACUUCCUUGAUGGGGAUCUGAUUGAAUCUUUCCUUGAUCUCAGUCGUGGUCGUAUGGAGGAAAUUUCAAAAGCAAUGGGUGCUUCGGUUGAGGAGCUUAGCAAGAGAAUUGAGGAGCUGACCAGAUUGCAUUAAUCUACUUUACCUGCAAAUGAGGCUUCUAUACAUAUCUUUUAGGCAUCCCCUCCCCCCUCCCAUUUCUUCCAAGUUUUGUUCAACUUGUGGGCUCAUGUCUCAUGUUGAUUUGUUCAAUGUUGUAGCAAGUAGCAACAAUAAGUCAGUGGAUUGAUGAAUCAUAGUAUUUCCUCUCCUCAGCCAAUCUUGGCGACGAGAGUUUGCCUCCUAAUGACUAGGUGUUCAUUGUAUCUGUUUGUGUAUGUUCAUGAAGUAAAAUUUACAUCUACAUGUUUGAA